CGCGACGAGCGCAGGCGCAUAGGACUCUUCCGCCAUGCUGCCGCCUUCCGUGGCGCCUGCGGAGUUGUGAUGCUGAAGCUCCUUGUAGGUCGCUGUGCUUGGCCUCUACUAGACUCCUGUGUGGUUCCACAAUGCCUAAGAAAGCCGGUGCAACAAGCAAGGCCAGUUGCAAGUCCCGUGAUGUGGAGAGGGUGGGCCACGGGGCUACACUGGCGGGGAACAGAAGGAGCGCCUGGCGGGCUGAAGACCUCCCUUCGGGUCCAGGGUAAAAACCAAACCAAGGAACCAGAGACACCACCUCCCCCUACAGGACCUGUAGCAACUGAUUCUAAAGGCUUUGUCACCAUAGCCAUCCAUGCCAAACCCAGCUCCAAACAGAAUGCUGUGACAGAUCUGAACACCGAGGCGGUUGGCGUGGCCAUCGCAGCACCUCCGUCUGAGGGAGAGGCCAAUGCGGAGCUCUGUCGGUACCUUUCCAAGGUCUUGGACCUCAGGAAGAGUGAUGUGGUUCUGGACAAGGGCGGUAAAUCUCGGGAAAAGGUGGUGAAGCUCUUGGCCUCUACAACUCCAGAAGAGGUCUUGGAGAAGCUGAGAACAGAAGCUGAAAAAAAAUAAAGGCGAGAAAUGGCGUGUACUUCCUUGUGGGCUCUCAUGAGAAUAGUGGGGCCACACAGGAGAAUGUACAUCGGUGCCUGGCGGUGAAGAGAGGAAUACAUAGAUGAGGUCAGACUAAAUGAAAGGAGAAAAUAUAAAUCUACAGACUCUCAAAUCCCUCACUGUGGGGGCUGGGGAGACAGCUCGGUGGCGAAGAGCGUUUGCCGCUCUUCCGGGGAUUCGGCUCAGCUCCCAGCACUGACACUGGAGGGCUCACACAAACUCUGGUUCCAGGAUGUCGCCAUUCUUUCCUGGCCCCUGAGGCCACUGCAGACCUGUAGUUCAUACAUGUGCAUUCCAGGCACACACACUAAGUAAACCUUUAAAUCCCUGAGUGCAGACAGCCUGGAAUAUAUCACUCUAACUUCAUGGGAUUACAACGGACCAGCUGCUGUCCACGACGGAGCUCCUGAUCUGCAGGCAUUGGGAGAUGAGCUGAAGAUCACCGCACAGAGGAUG